AUGGAGCAAGUGGAGAGGAAGUUCGCGGACGAGAUCCGCUCGAGCUACUUCCGAGACGAUAUUAGAGUCGUUGUCCGCCGCCUUUUUAAGGACGAGGUCCUAAAGCUGCGCGGCUACACGGCUGAGAAGCCUGAUCUUUCCUGCAAAGAGAAGCAGGCUGUUGAGUCCCUUUGCAGCUGCACUAUUAAGAACGCAGCGUUUGACUGUACUCUUGCCGGCGUUGCAAUGAGCCAUGCCGCGGUUGUCGACGCUGUGAGCCGUUGUCCUCCAAACCUUUGA